AAGCUCUCUCCCAGCGCGCCCUGCAUUUUUGCAGGGCCAACAUAGGACGAUCGAUCCAUCCCCUCCUCGCUUUCCCUUAAUUUUCCCAUAUGGAAAGCAAGCCGAACACCAUCGUAGCCUCCGCUGCUGCCCCCGCCCCUGUCCCGUGCAAUGCCAUCGUCAUCAGAGACGAGGCGAAACCGCCGCCGGUGCCGACCAAGAAGAAGCACGGGGCGAUGCACCUCCUGAGGGCGGCGCUGUUCAUGAUACGCCGCGGGUCGGGCAAGAAGUCGAAGACGUCCCUCCAAAUCGAGGUGGGCGCCAACGGCAUGCUGAACAAGGUCGUGGGCUCGAUGCGUCCCCUGCACAUGCAGAGCCACGAGUCCCCGCUCCACGAGGCCGCCGCCGUCCCUGCCGCGGCGGUGCUCGCCCUCCCCUCCCCGGGCGACCACUUUGUGGAUGUGUUCCCGGCAUCCCCCAUGUCGGCACCGUCCAGGCCCUACUCGCCUUCCCACUCGUCCACCUCCGGGAGCACGAGCCGGUACGCAUCCGCGGUCAAUCUGCAAGAGCUCGUCGAGGGGGAAUCCGACGACGAGGACGAGGACGAGGACGACGGCGGCAUCUACUGCACGAACGGCGGCGAUGACAUGAUUGACGCCAAGGCCGAGGAGUUCAUCGCGCAGUUUUACCAGCAGAUGAAGGCGCAGAACUACAACGAGAUGAUCCGUCGGCGCGGCAAGGGUCACGCUCCCUGACAACCUGUGUCGGUACAGACAACAACAUAUGCUGCCAUGCAUGCACGUAAUAAUUAGGGUUUCCUAAAAAGCCAAAA